AUGCAUCAAUUCAAAGUAUACACCCGCUGGCGGCCCAGUGAGUCAACAGCGCCAGAGACUCGUCGCACGCAUAAUAAACAAGACAGUGGUCGCAUAUCUAUCUCACUCACUCCGUCUUCACCUUCUGCUACGGAACGUCCGUGGAAAAGCGAGGCUGCCUUUACCCAAGUAUUCGAAGCAACCGAUAAUAACAAAUCGGUCUUCGAAGCCGCAGUCGCACCAACUCUGCCCCAUGUGCUGAGCGGCCGAUCAUGUAAUUUCUUUGCUUACGGACAUUCCGGAAGUGGGAAGUCACAUACGAUCAUCGGGUACGACUUUAAGAACCCCGAUGAAUUUGGACUCUGUUUAGCCGCUGCCAGACAUCUCAGCGAGGCAUUGACAGACCUCAAUCAGGACAUUGAUACCCCUGGUGAGGAACUAGCUCUUGGCAUUCGAAUGUUCGAGCUACGCAAGAAUAUAGCUUUCGAUUUGCUCAAUGGACGAUGCCAAUGUUUCGUUCGCGAGGGGCAUGAUGGAAAAACGCACAUUAGGGGCGAGACGGAGAUCCUGGAGGAGGGCAAAGUUCGGGUCCGUCCGAUUGUCACGAAAGCAUGCUGGAGUUUCGAGGACCUGCGCCAGGAGCUGCUGGCAGGACUCAAGCUCAGAGCGACGGGAACAUCCACGGUCCAUGACCAGAGUUCGCGCACGCACGCCGUUUUGGAACUAGAGAUUGUGACGAGGGCACUCCUUGAGGCUCGCGAUGCGGUUGUCCAGCGGCAAUCAGAAUUAGUGCCGGUAGGAAAGCGUGCGACAGAUAUUUACAUCGAAGAGACCAUGAAGGGGGUUAUUCAGAAUGCAGACGGCAAAUAUGUCCCCAACCCGGACCAUCAGACCGACCAGGCCCGGAUCGACGCCGCCGAAGCAAAGAAAGCCGAGUUCGAAUCAUAUGUGCAGCAGGCAGAGAACAAAGUUAAUGAUAUUUUGCAAUCAUCCGGUCAGUCAUGUCUCGGGGGGAAACUGAUUUUUGUCGAUCUGGCUGGUUCCGAGUAUUAUCAUGACAAGACGACCUCGACCGUGGCGCGACCAAAGCAGACCCCCCAGGAGCAACAAGAAGGACGGCAGAUUAACACAGACCUGCUGGCAUUGAAAGAGGUUAUCCGGGCGCGAGCUUCCAAGCAGACACGCAUCCCGUUCCGGUCAUCGCCCCUGACUAUGGUGUUGCGGGGCCACUUCCUGGGCACGAAUACGACUGAUAGUUGUUCCGCAAUGAUCCUCACGGUGUCGCCAUCAUCAGAGCAAUUUGCUGCCACUCUGAACACGCUGAAGUACGGGAACCUCGUUGGGGUAGCUGGCGGGGAGAAGAAGAGGGUGGUGCGGCAAACGAUAAAACAAUAAUGAGCCAGGAUUUGCAUCAGGAGCACCGGAAACACG